CUAUUCUGUUGCUAAUUCGUUAAUCAACAAUACACAUGGAAGCCGGUGCUUGAUCUUAUUUUGUUGUUAUUUAUUGCUACAUUAAAGGAAAGCUGCGCACUAAACUCUUUAUGAGAUCCAUUUAUAUCAUGAUGUGUAUAUGAAAAUGUUUCGCUACCAUAGAAAUGUUUUAUAUUUGCGAAAUAUCGGCAACCGCAUUACUUCAGCAGGGAAGGCCACAAAGUCAGCAGAAGCUAAUAAUAACAACACUGUUUUGAAGCCACCCUGCUAUAGAAAAAACGACUGGAUCGGUCCCAUAAACAAGCUCUCCAAUAUACGUUUUAUUGAUUACAAGCGACUGGAAAAUGAAAGUGAUGUUGAACGAGCCUAUCGAGAGAUGAAAGAAGAAAAUUUAAAAUGGAACCAUUCAUUCUGGGAGGAACAAAACAAGCUUUUUGUAAAAGCAAAAGAACAAUUUACUACACAGAUGCUCAAGCUGAAUGGAAUGGAUGUUGUUAAUGAAGAUGGAACUAAGAAUGUUUUAACUGCUGAUGAAAUGGCGCAGUUCUACCAACUGUUUCUAGAAGAUCAUAAAGAGCGAAUGGCAAGUUACAACAAAGACUGGUACCGGAGGAACAUGGCAACCAUCUGGCCUGGAUUCCGUGUCUUUCUUCAUAGUGUUAGAAGGAAAGUUUUCAGACAAUGAUAGGCACAGAAAUAUAGGAUUAAGGGAGCAUCACAUUGGUUAUUUCGAUCUGUGUAAAUACACUGGUGGGAAAAAUUGUUUUAAUUUAUUUUCUACAGAAGACUAAAAUCCAUAAACCAAGCCUUUGAAAUCCCUAAAUUGUCAUAUUUUAGGGGAUUUUCCCCCUGGACCACUUUAGAAAGAUUUUGCGCGAUGUCCGACCACGCACACUUUGCUCUCGGUGGGGACAUCAGCCCACCCCACCCCAUCAGGCAAAUCCUGGCGCCACCCCUGUACUUGCUAUGUAAUGUACCACUGAUGGAGAGCAUUAGUUAAGUGAUGCUGGUGAUAAAGUUAUUGUUAACUGUCCUGAUGAACAGACUUAAUUUCUAGGUUGCAUAAACCUACAAGUUCAUUCAGUUAUUUUACAAUUUAGUGGAUAAAGUUGUUAAUUAUUCAGUAUGCUUUAACACAGAUGGUUAUAAAUUAAACAAUUUCUUACCAAAAAUGUCAUGAAAAAUAUUUAUUAUAAAAUAAAUUUUUUUAAAUAUGUAAACACUGAUUCUGUCUGAUAUUGAAUUGUUAUUGCUUCCCCUUUUUGAGUAUAGUCCCCUCAAACAUGGCAUCACUGUAUUACUGUACUCUAGUACAGUAGUUAUCUUUACUUUUUCCCAGUGGUGGCAUAUUGGGGGGGGGGGGUACAGUAGUUAAUGUUAUCUUUACUUUUUCCCAGUGGUGACAUAUUAGGGGGAGGGUAUUGUAGCAAGCACGAGGGGUGUAGGGCCCACCUUUUGCUCCUAAAAAAAUGUUGGGGGCACUGAAAGCUUGAUCAACCAAUUAUACUAGUUAAGAAUUGACUCAUUCUAGCACCCUAGCACACAUACCCCUCCUGUCAAAUUUUACACCACUAUACUGUAUUUAUCAUAACUUCUGAACUAGUAGAUUGCUUUACGCGUACGUGCUACACUUAAAAAAACAGCAGCUGCUUCGUCAUCAACGGCAUACUGCUUAUUUUGUUAUAACUUUAUGAGAACAUUUUU